AGGGAUGGGGCCCCGGGCAGCCUGCCCUGCAUCAUCCGAGCCCUAAGAAGGCGGCGGCGACCCUUUGGGGGGGGGGGGGGGGAGGGGGUCGGGGAGACUGGGGCGGGGUCUUGGCCGUCUAGGCCCCGCCCCGACGAGCUCGCCCCGCCCCGCCCCCCUCCGCGGGGUCCUGCGCGUUAAAAGGCGCGCGGGCCGGGCUGGGCUGCACUUGCGUUGCACCAAAGCGGAGCGCGGCCGCGACGGGGCGGGCGGUCUCGCGGGCGCUCAGAACUGGCCUCGGGUCCUCAGCGCCCGGCGCUCCAAACCCCAUCUUGACCCCAACCCGGCCUGGGACCCAGACUCCGACCCGGCCAGGCCCGGCCCCCGCCCCCGCCCCCCGGGCCGAUGGACUACUCCUACCUCAAUUCGUACGACUCGUGCGUGGCGGCCAUGGAGGCGUCCGCCUACGGCGACUUCGGCGCCUGCAGCCAGCCCGGCGGCUUCCAGUACAGUCCCCUGCGACCCGCCUUCCCCGCGGCCGGGCCUCCCUGCCCCGCGCUCGGCUCCUCCAACUGCGCGCUUGGCGCUCUACGGGACCAUCAGCCUGCGCCUUACUCGGCAGUGCCCUACAAGUUCUUCCCGGAGCCGUCGGGCCUGCACGAGAAGCGCAAGCAGCGGCGCAUCCGCACCACGUUCACCAGCGCGCAGCUGAAGGAGCUGGAACGCGUCUUCGCCGAGACUCACUACCCCGACAUUUACACGCGCGAGGAGCUGGCCCUCAAGAUCGACCUCACGGAGGCUCGGGUGCAGGUCUGGUUCCAGAACCGCCGGGCCAAGUUCCGCAAACAGGAGCGUGCGGCCAGCGCCAAGGGUGCGGCGGGCGCGGCGGGAGCCAAAAAGGGUGAGGCGCGCUGCUCGUCCGAGGACGACGACUCCAAGGAGUCCACGUGCAGCCCCACGCCCGACAGCACCGCGUCGCUGCCGCCGCCGCCCGCCCCCGGCCUGGCCAGCCCGCGCCUGAGCCCCAGCCCGCUGCCCGCCGCCCUGGGCUCCGGGCCCGGACCUGGGCCGGGGCCACAGCAGCUCAAGGGCCCGUUGUGGGCCGGCGUGGCGGGCGGUGGGGGCGGCGGGCCAGGCGCGGGCGCGGCGGAGCUGCUUAAGGCCUGGCAGCCGGCGGAACCCGGGCCCGGGCCCUUUUCGGGGGUUCUGUCCUCCUUCCACCGGAAGCCCGGCCCCGCCCUUAAGACCAAUCUCUUCUAGCCGCCGGCCUCCAGAGGCUCCGGGCCUGCCUACCCCUGCCCCUCCAGGGCCUGACAGCCCCUCCCCAUCCCAGGUCUGCCUGAUGGCCCCACUCCCACUGUGUCUGACCCCUCCGUGUGCCCUCCCCAGCUUCGGAGACCAAGCCAGGGCUACUCUCGUCUCACCCACCCCCAUUCCGCACCGUGGGGGUGGGGACGGGGGCGGAUACUUUUCACUAGGAUGCCCUCCAGGAGAGCUAAGAGCCACCGCAUUUUAGCCUAGCUCUCUUUGAAAAAGGGAUCAAACAAUGCCUGCCCCAACAGUGCUCAAAGGUGAAUCCUCAAAUGGGAACAGCCCGGCUUCCUCCCCUGCCUCUGCAGCUGGUUGGGUCUUUCCUCAGCUUGGUGACCAGCCUGCUGCCCAGCCCUCGGGCCCACCCACACCGACCCCACCCGUGCAAAGGCUGGUCAUCAUUGGGAUAAUUAGCGGCGCAAAGGGUCCCACCUCCCUUUUGUCCCUCGCUCCUCCCUGCCCAUCCUCAGCCGGUCUGGCACAGAGGGGAGGCCCUGAGAUGAGUAGAGCUGCCAGGGCAUCGGGACAGAGGGGCUUCCCCUUUCCUGUCUUUUUUGUUGUUGUUGCUUUUCUUUUCUUUGAAAAACUUGUAAUUUAUUGAGGUGAGUUUUGCUCAAUCCAAAUAAAACUUAAUUUAUUGACAUCACACUGGAGCCCUUCGGUACCCAUGAAGGGGACAGGCUGCCUGCAAGAGCCCAGUUCCCCUUAUGACCAGCGAGGAACCCCCAGCUGCCACACAGCUGCAGCGCAGGUGGUAUAGACCAGGAGACAAAACUAAGCAAACUGGCGCUUUGUGGCCAAGAUUCUUUGCCCCCACCCAAACCAGCCCCAAUAACAUUAAAGUGCAAGCCCUCCCUAAACCCACACAGAAAAGCUUAAAUAAACCCCAGCCCAGUUCUCGGGCUAUUCCUUCAUUUCCGGACGGACACCCCUGACCAGGGGUUGGGAGAGGUCCCAGCUGAGCCCCUCCACCAGUGGUUCAAGCUGGGUGGAGGGCAGCAGGAACAACGGUGAAAAUGGGGACCCAAGACG